AUGCUUGUUCUGUUUCCUUUCGUCUCUCUGCCCCUCCACUCGGACGCUUGCCGACCUCUUCUCCUCGGCCCCCCAUGUUCACCCUUCACCCCGCCAUCUGCCAAUCUGGCGUCCGCGUCCCGCCAAGAAGCGCUUCCACUUGCCCUCCCACCACCCUUCCCAUUACGCCCCUCCAUCUUGUCUCUCUGCGCGGACUCAAUGCCGAACGCCGUCUCAAGAAUUCGUGAUUUCUCAAUACGCACAACAUUCAAUCUGGGGCCCCGGCGCAAAGGGACCUUCCAUGGUCGAGGCUCGGCCGGCAUCUCGCAGCUUCGCACGCUUCACACAACUCCAAGCAACGCCCGUUCGUGUCCUUUCCUGUUCGCCCCGUACUUCCCGACUGUCCAGUAUCCCUCAUAUAACCAACCCGUGACCGCAAUGUUUCCCGUGUUUCGAGUCUCCUACCACCAGUUCUCUCUACUCAUACUCAGUAUACCUUUACCCCAUUCAACUUUCAACGUCAUACCAGUAAGCGACAUGGACCUCCCCGCGGAGCCCGUCCACCCCCUCCCCGAAGCAAAGGAUCCUCUCGCCUCUUCCGUCGCAACACCUCAGCUCUUCUCUCUCUCCAACAAGACCAUCGUCAUUACCGGCGGCGGCCGCGGUCUGGGCAUCACCUUCGCCCUCGCCAUCCUCGAAGCCGGAGGCCACGCCGCUUGCCUCGAUAUCCUACCAGAGCCCUCACCCAUCGAGUGGGCGCACCUCACCAAGCUCGCCACCUCCAAGAACCUUUCCAUCUCAUACCACAAGUGCGACAUCACCGACGAGGAAGCUACGGAAAAGGUCUUUGAGGAGAUUGCAGACGCCGCCGACAGCCGCGGUGCUCCCUUCUGGGGCGCCGUCGCCUGCGCCGGCAUCCAGCAGAAGAUUCCUGCCCUCGAGUACCCCGUUGCCGACUUUGAGCGGAUACAAAAGGUCAACGUCGUGGGUGUCUUUGUGACGGCGAAGCACGCCGCCCGCGUGUUGGUGAAGCGCAAGAGCAAGGGCAGCAUCUUGCUCAUUUCGAGCAUGUCUGGAGAGAUUGCGAACAGGGGAUUGACAUGCAGUGCCUACAAUACCAGCAAGGCUGCCGUUCAGCAGAUGUGUAGGUCUGUCGCUCAGGAAUGGGGCCAAUACGGUAUCCGCGUGAACACUCUGUCGCCCGGUUACAUCCGGACCGCAAUGACCGAUCAGCUUUUGCAGGCCGAGCCUGAGGUUGAGACAACUUGGAUGAGGGGAGCCCUUCUCCAGCGCCUGGGUACACCCGAGGACUUCAAGGCCCCGGCCGUCUUCCUCCUGUCCGAAGGCAGCUCUUUCAUGACCGGUGCAGACCUCCGUGUCGACGGUUCCGACAUUGGAAACCUCUCACCCCUCAUUGCAGCUCGCGUUGGAAAGUUCACGGAGCCCGAUAUUAUCAUGUUUCCCGACUUAUAUGCGUGCCUUGAGUCUGGAGACAGACUUACCAGACACAAGCAUAACGAUGCAUUGAGCUUUUAUUGGGUAUUAGCAGAAUGCAAACGAUGUGUCACCCUCAUCACGCCUUAA